AUGCUUGUCAAAUCCACAUUCGUUCUCUCUCUCGCUUUCGCAGCGGACGCAUUCGCUGUCAGACGCGGGUCCAAUGACUGGUUUGCGCCUACUCCCGCCGAUCGUCGUAGCCCCUGUCCAAUGGUGAACACUCUUGCCAACCACGGAUACCUCCCCCGUAGCGGCUUGAAUGUCUCUCUUGCAGACCUCAUUGCCGGCUUUACGGCAGCCGUUAAUCUGGAUCCUGCUGCUACUACUUUAGUGGGACAAAAGGCUCUGCUCACGUCCACGACUGGCAACAACGCGACAUUUAACCUGGACGAUCUCAAUACCCAUGGCAUCAUUGAACACGACGGUAGUCUAAGUCGUAAUGACAUUUACUUUGGCGACAACCACUCGUUCAAUAAAGACAUUUGGGAAUCGGUAGCGGUCGCCUUUACAAACACUACUAUCAGCAUCCCAACAGCCGCCAAGGCGAGGGUAACGCGUCUGCAAGCCGCUGCUGCUGCUAACCCUGUCUUCAACCUGACGGCCGAUGGUACCCAAUUCAGCUUCAUUGAGACAGCUCUUUAUCUCUCUGUCUUUGGAAAUCUGGAGGAUGGAAAUGCCAAUACCGAAUGGGUGAAGGUUUUGUUUACUCAAGAACGCCUGCCGUUCCGGGAGGGAUUCUCAAGGGCAAGCUCGCCAAUCACUGCAGCAGGAAUCCUGGGCUUAGUUGCUAAAGUGGCCGCUGCAAGUGUCUAA